GUGUUUGUGGGAGACUCUUACCAACAGCUGCGCUUCUUCGGAGGGACAGUCAGCGCCCUGGAUAAGGUGACAGCCACUCACAAGUUUUUCCUCAGCCAGUCCUUCAGGUUCGGACCGGAGGUGUCGUAUGUGGCACAAUGUGCUUUGGAGGCUCGCCUAUUGGUUCCCCACCGGACAGUCGUAGGAGCAAGAAAAAAAGACUCAUUUUUCCAUUCCCCAGAUCCUCUACUUUUUGACCCACGCUCAAAACUCAAAAGGGCUUAUAUAGCCACGUCAAAUACGGAACUUUAUAGAAUAGCCACGAAGAUAUGUGAGGAUAAAGAGUACAUUGCAGCAUCCAUGACAUUUGUUGGUGGACUGAGUAGGUAUGGAUAUGACGAUGUUAUGGACAUAUUUAAUUUAAAUCAAAUUCAGGUGGGACUUGCCACAAGAGAAUCAGCAAAUAUUCAGAAUCCAUUAGUGGCCAAGUUCGAAACUAUAGCCGACCUUACGAACUUUGCUAAAACUUAUCAAGACCAGGAGCUACUUUCCAAAAUUGAUAUGUUCCAUUACAGUGGGAGUAGGACACCCUAUCACGUGACUCUGCUUACUCAGAGGUGUAACACAGAGGCGUCCGAGGCAGACAUAUGCUUCAGUACCGUUCACAUGGCCAAAGGACUUGAAUGGGACUGGGUUAUAUUGACUGAUGGCAUUCCCAAAUCAUUCUGCUUAUUUGACUUAUAUGCAAAAAAUGAUGAAUUGUUGAGACAGGCGUAUGUGUCCGUGACGCGAGCCAAGAAGUUCUUGACCAUCAACAACGCGGUUCUCUAUGCCCUCGUUAACGCCCAUGAUGAGCUGGACGUGUUAGUAGCGAGGAAAAGCAUGGAGGAGAGCGUUGUGUGUCUGUGGUGCCAAGCUCCCGUCACCGCCGCGCCCUCCCCGCUCCAAAUUAAGGCACUGUCAUACUACAUAUCUGAUAGAGGUUACCGGUUUCCCGGAGGAUAUAUGUGCGACUGGUGUGCAACAAAUGCAUUUUUCACAGACACCACCAG